AUGAACGGAGUCCAGCACUCGCAGUUGGCGCCGCUGCCAACUCACAACGUUCCCUUCCGUAUCGUUUCCAAGACAAUCGGCGCUGGCGCAUAUGCAUGUAUAAAAAAGGCCGCUCCGAAGCGAGAAGAAAGCCCGAUCUUCGCCGUUAAAUUCAUACACAAAGACUAUGCACAGAAAUAUGGCCGCAUCAAGCAGAAGCAACUCCAGAUGGAGGUCACUUUGCACAAGUAUGUCGGUCAACACAGAAACAUCAUAGAGUUCUACGACAGCGGCGAAGAUGAUGUAUGGAUGUGGAUUGCGAUGGAGUUGGCAGAAGGUGGUGACCUGUUCGACAAGGUGGAAGCCGACGCUGGGCUGAAGCCCGAAAUCGCCCAUGCUUAUUUCACACAAUUGAUCAAUGCGGUGAGUUACAUGCACUCGAGAGGCAUAGGACACCGAGAUCUGAAGCCUGAGAAUGUGCUAUUAGACGCAGACGGCAACCUGAAGCUGGCAGAUUUUGGCAUGGCUUCAUUGUUUGAAUACAAUGGAAAGAGAAAGAAGGUCGUUACACUGUGUGGGAGUCCACCAUACGUCGCUCCUGAGGUAUUGACUUGUGGAUCACACGACAAGACCAAGGCAGUCGGCUACGAUGCAGACAAGGCGGAUAUCUGGUCCUGUGGUGUGGUUUUGUUUGUUCUAUUAGCCGGCAACACCCCUUGGGGCAAGCCCGUUGAGGGCCGAGACGAGUACGGACGACCGAACGAAUACAGUGAUUAUAUCAAUUCGAAUGGCAGACCGGAGGACGACCUUUGGCAGGGUCUUCCAGAUGAUGUUCUAUCACUUUUGAGAGGCAUGAUGAGUGUGGACGUCAGUCGAAGAUUCUCCCUCGAGGCGAUCCGGCGACACCCAUGGUUCACACAGGCCAAUAACCAGAUCAACGAUCAGGGGCUCUUCAAUGACCCACUAACGACUGCCACGACCAUGUUCGAGUCUCUAAGGGUGAGCUUCGAUGCAGUUCCGCUCAAGGGCAGCCAGAGGCAAGAUACGGACGCUAUGGAACUUGAUGGCCAGAGUCAAGAGGAGUUGGCAGCUCAGCAGCUUGCUUCAACGCAGCCUAUGGCUCCGGGAGAAGAUAUGCUGUUUGAUUGGGACAAUCCCCGGAAACCGGUCUUUUCGUCAACGCAGCCAUUGAACAGUCGCGCAGUAUCUUCGACUCAAUCCCUUGCCCUGCCUAAUUUCCUCGCCGAAGAACCCUCCAUGUCCCAGUUCGCUGCGAUGCCUAGCGUUCCCAUGAGCAGAACGCAGAUGGCACGCAAGUUCCGCGACAUUCUACCGGCUCAGAGCUUGACCAACUUCUAUUCAUCGUGGUCACUCAAUCUACUGGUGCCACUCCUCAUCGAAGCACUAAGUCACCUCGGAAUACCCACCCCCAGCGUUCCCCGCCCAUCAGCGCAGGACUACGAAAGCACCAUCAAGGUCUCUGCUCUAGACAGCCGAGGAUGUCGCUUAACGGGCAAGAUUGCCAUUGGUGUAGUACAUGUUGCAGACGGGGCGGUGGUUGAAAUAUCGUUUGUCAAAGGUUCGGGCGAUCCGUUGGAAUGGCGACGAUUGUUCAAAAAGGUCGUCGUAUUAUGCAAAGAUGCAGUGUACAAGCCUGAUGAGUAG